AUGAGAUGCUUUAGGAAACUGCUUAGCAUCUCAUACAGAGAUCACAUCACUAACGAUGCAGUCAGAGACAGAAUCAGGCAAGCCAUUGGGCCCUAUGAUAUCUUAACCACAGUAAAGAAACGCAAGUUAAAGUGGUUUGAGCAUGUAUCAAGAUCAUCGGGCUUGCCAAGACAAUUUUACAAGGAACAGUGCAAGGAGGAAGAAGAAGGGGCCGACAAAAGAAGCGUUGGACAGGGUUGAAGUUUUGCAACGCUGUAAGGGAAGCUGAAAACAAAAUCAAAUGGAGGGAGAGGGUUGCUAUGUCCGUGGCGCCCCAACGGUCAUUGACUACGGAAUAG